AUGUCUACCUUCCAGAACAACCACAACAAUGGCGGACGAGGAUCCUUCUCGAGCAACAGCAGCACACCCUCGCUCUCCUCGCGUCUCUCUAACUCCUCCCUCCACAGCCAGUACAGCUCUGCCUCGGACCGGUCUCUAUCCUGCUCGCCCGGGCCAUCGACCCCUUCGGAUCUCUCGAGUCGGUCCCCUUCAGUCUCGUAUGAGCGUCUUCAGAAUCACAAUGGCAAGCAGUACAACAGCAAGCCAAACCUUCCCCUCGCCCUCCCAGCUCCUUUCUCAUCCUUCCAGCAUCGUUAUUCCAGUAACGGAAUCCACCCCUUCCAGCAGUCCCCCUCUUCUUCCCAGAGCACGGUUCAACAGCAUCACCACUCUUACCAUGGGUCGUCAUCAAUUCCACAUCCCGCUACCGCCUCGUCCAGACAACCACCAGCCAACAAUCAACACCAGUAUCAAGGUCAAGCAGUGAGCUCUCCUCGAGAUGGUAUCUAUCCUUCCUCUUCCCCAUCGUCUCCUUCCCCCAUGUCGUCGUCGUCGCGGGAUCAAGAGUACCACCAAUACCACCACCAUCGCCGACCAACCCCAACAGCUGCAGAGCAUUACUAUCAUGCUGCUGCUGCUUCCAGUACUCCCCUCCAUCAUCAUCAUCAUCAUCACCGAGCUAGCCCCGUUUCCUCUCCUUACGGUACUACUACUCCGAGCAGCAAUGGAUGUGGAACGGGUGACUACUUUUCGCGCCCUCCAACUUCGCCUUCCGCCUACCAUCCUCUGGCCACUCCAACCACCCCUUCGACCGCCGUCGUCGUCGAGUCGUCGUCUCAUGGACAUGGACGUAGUGGACUUAUGACGCCCACUCUCCCCUCCAUCUCGACCCUCGUCGCCGGUGCCAUCUCCUCGCCUCUGACCCCCAUGUCCCCCAUGACCCCCCUGCCCAUCUCAACUCGUCCUCACCACCACCUCUCGCAUUUCCAUCAUCACCCUUCAUCCCCUGCACCCAGCACUACUGGAAGCACCCGACACAGUAUGUCGAUGAGGAUGAUGUUGGACGAUGACUACUCGUCCCCCCAAAUGUCUCGGUCGCCUUCCGUCUCCUCUGACCGCUCCUCCGCAUCCGCGUCGGUCUUCUCGCCCGAGUCCUCGCCCUACCUCGGCCAUAUCCACCACCUCCACCGUCGCCCCGACACCCCCGAGUCUUCAUCCAGUCCCACAACCGCCUCAACCCCCUUGGUCGGCUCCGCCCCCACAUCCACACCUACCUCUUCUUCUGCCUCCCAGCUUUUGCUCUGCCCAGUCUGCAGUCGCGCAUUCAAGCCAAGCAAGAACCAGAACUGCAACCUCCGCCGCCAUCUCAAGAACGUCCACAACAUGUCCCCCACCAUGCACCCACGUAAAUGCAAAUGGGAUUCCUUGCCCGACGGACGCGUCAAGGAUGACAAGGACCGGAAGGAGCGGACCCGAAAGAGCAAGCGUCUUUGGGCGCGCAAGUUCCGUCUCCGACGAAAGGUUGAAGAGGCGGCCGUUGUCCUGAGCAUGCUUAGCCAGGCCAUGUAA